AUGUGUGGAAUCUUCGGCUAUGUGAACUACCUGGUCGAGAAGGACCGCAAGUUCAUCCUUCAGACUCUCAUCAAUGGCUUGUCCCGUCUAGAAUACCGAGGCUAUGACUCGGCUGGUCUUUGCGUCGAUGGUGACAAGAAGAAGGAGGUUUUUGCCUUCAAGGAGGUCGGCAAGGUUGCCAAGCUCAAGCAGCUCAUCGACGAGUCCGAUGUCAACUUGACCAAGGUCUUCGAUUCACAUGCCGGAAUUUCUCACACUCGCUGGGCGACUCACGGUUCUCCCUCCCGCGUCAACUGCCAUCCUCAUAGGUCUGACCCCGCCUGGGAGUUCAGCGUUGUCCACAACGGUAUCAUCACCAACUACAAGGAGCUGAAGACGCUGCUCAGCAGCAAGGGCUUCAAGUUCGAGACCGAGACCGAUACUGAGUGCAUUGCCAAGCUUGCCAAGUAUCUCUAUGACCAGAACGAAAGCAUUGGCUUCACCGAUCUUGCCAAGGCUGUUAUUCAGGAGCUUGAGGGCGCUUACGGCCUGCUCAUCAAGUCGGUGCACUAUCCUCAUGAGGUCAUUGCCGCUCGCAAGGGCUCUCCCCUUGUCAUCGGCGUCAAGACCGAGAGGAGGAUGAAGGUUGACUUCGUUGAUGUCGAGUACUCUGAUGAGAACACCGCCCUCCCCGCCGAGGCUGCUUCUCAGAACGUUGCCCUCAAGAAGAACGCUGGCACUCUUCUCGGUGCUGGGCUCGCUGCUCCCGACAAGUCGCUCCUCCAUAGGUCUCAGUCUCGUGCCUUCAUGACUGACGACGGAAUGCCCAUGCCCACCGAAUUCUUCCUGUCCUCGGACCCUUCUGCCAUCGUUGAGCACACCAAGAAGGUCUUGUACCUUGAGGAUGACGAUAUUGCCCACAUUCACGAGGGCUCCCUCAACAUCCACCGCCUUAAGAAGGCCGAUGGAAGCUCCAAUGUCAGGACUAUCCAGACACUCGAGCUUGAGCUUCAGGAGAUCAUGAAGGGCGAGUUCGACCACUUCAUGCAGAAGGAGAUUUUCGAGCAGCCCGAGUCGGUUGUCAACACCAUGCGUGGCCGUCUUGACAGCGCCAACAAGACUGUUACCCUUGGUGGCCUCCGCUCGUACAUUACCACUAUCCGCAGGUGCAGGAGGCUGAUCUUCAUCGCCUGCGGUACCAGCUAUCACUCUUGCAUGGCUGUCCGCGGUAUCUUCGAAGAGCUGGUUGAAAUUCCUAUUGCCGUCGAGCUUGCCUCCGAUUUCCUCGAUCGACAGGCCCCCGUCUUCCGUGACGACACUUGCGUCUUCGUCUCCCAGUCGGGUGAGACUGCCGACUCCCUCAUGGCCUUGAGGUACUGCUUGGAGCGUGGUGCUCUGACCGUCGGUAUCGUCAACGUUGUCGGCUCCUCCAUCUCUCUCCUUACUCACUGCGGUGUCCACAUCAAUGCCGGACCCGAAAUCGGUGUCGCCUCCACCAAGGCCUAUACCUCGCAGUUUGUCGCCAUGGUCAUGUUUGCCCUCUCCCUUAGCGAGGACCGGGCUUCCAAGGCCAAGAGGCGCGAGGAGAUUAUGGAUGGUCUUUCCCAGAUCUCGGGCCACAUCAGGGACAUCCUCACGCAGGAUGCCGCCAUCAAGGAUCUCUGUGCUAGGGUCUUCAAGGACCAGAAGUCUCUUCUGCUCCUCGGUCGCGGCCUGCAGUUCUCGACUGCUCUUGAGGGUGCCCUCAAGAUCAAGGAGAUUUCGUACCUCCACUGCGAGGCCGUCAUGUCUGGUGAGCUCAAGCACGGUGUGCUUGCUCUUGUGGACGAGAACUUGCCCAUCAUCAUGAUCCUCACCCGUGACAACCUCUUCACCAAGUCUCUGAACGCCUACCAGCAGGUCGUUGCCCGUGGUGGCAAGCCCAUUGUUAUCUGCAACCCCGAUGACGAAGAGUUCAAGGCCAGCCAGGCUCUCAAGAUUGAGAUUCCUAGCACCGUCGAUGUUCUUCAGGGCAUCCUCAACGUCAUUCCUCUGCAGCUGAUUGCCUACUGGCUGGCUGUCAUGGAGGGUCUCAAUGUUGAUUUCCCUCGCAACCUUGCCAAGUCGGUCACUGUCGAGUAA